AUGGAUGAUGCUAAGCCUGAAAAGGAACUGUGCAAUCCAUGCUCCCUUACCACCAAGAAUUUGAAGAAAGCAGCCUUGAGAAAGAGGAAAGUAUCCACAGCUCCAGCAAAACCUAAAGCCCCCUUUUCAGCUUGUCGAUCGGAGAAAUUGAUUGCAACUGUUAAAGCAUCAAGACUAGCAUACAAGCAACUGGAAGAUCAAUUGGAACAGCUCAAAGCCCAUAUUAAGAAACAUGGAGUGGGUGUUAGUGAUUCUUUGGAAAGGAUAUUCUAAAGAUAAUAAAGCCACACCCCACAUGAACUUUUCUGGGAGCAGCAAAUGAAGCUUUUGCAAGCAGAGAAAAUGGGACGGAGAUAUCACCCCCAAAUAAUUCGUUUUGCUUUGUCUUUGCAUGGAAAGUCACCAGCUGCCUAUAAUGAAUUAAGAGACAGUGGAGCUCUUAUUCUCCCAAGUGAACGAGUAAUCAGGGACUAAAAACUAUUUUAAAGCAAAGGCUGGUAUAAAUAUAGACAAUAUUGAAUCCCUAAGAGAAAAAGCUUCAUCAUUAUCACAAGUUCAACGGUAUGUGGUAAUAGUGAUAGAUGAAAGGAAAAUCCAAUCGAAUCUUGUGUUUGACAAGUACUUGGGUGACCUGAUCGGAUUUGUGGAUCUUGGAGAUCCAGUGACGAAUUAUGCUAGUCUGGGCGAGGAAGAUGUCAUGGCAACUCAUGCACUAGCAUUCUUGGUAAGAGGAAUGUGCAGUGACUUCAGGCAUGUCAUUGCAUAUUAUUUUACUGAGAAUGUAACAUCCUACCAGUUGAUGUCAAUCUUCUGGAAAGUGGUUGGUGCGCUUGAGUUGUUGUUGAAGCUUCCAGUAUGUGCAACCGUCAACGAUGGAGCUUCACCUAAUUGCAAGUUCUUCGACCUGCCAGUCGACCUUCGACCUACCAAUUUCCAGUUGGUACGUGACCUCAAUUGUGAUGUGGUGCAUAAGGUUCCAAACCUUAUUGCUGUACAACGGUUUAUCUUCUUCUUUGCUGAUUCCUGCCAUUUGAUCAAGACUGCUCGCAAUUGCUUGUACAACUCUGGCUCAGGAUCCUGCAGUCGUCUUAUGUGGAACAAUGGCAAUUACUUGAUGUUCAAGCACAUUGCAGACCUGUUCUACAGUUAUCAAGAGUUUGCUCUGCAUACUUUACCAAAGUUAUCACUGGACCACAUUGUUCUUACUUCGUACAGUAAAAUGAAGGUAUGUCUAUGUAACUUUAUUUCAGGAAGUUCUAAAAAAAACGUUGGAUAUUUGUUCACCUGACAAGGGGGAUGCAAAUUUCCCAGGGGGUAAUCUGUUCGCCACCAUUAGGGACUUCAAUAUGACUGAGAACAUUUAGGUCAUAAAUUUAACGGAAACAGUACUUGCGAUGAUCAGUGCCAUUGUUUUUCUUUGUAUAGCUUGUAAGUCUUAUGUAAUGUUGUUUCAUGUUGAAAAAAGUCUCAGGGGGGUGGAAGAAAAAUCAGGGGUGUGCACCCCCAGAAAAUUUGUCUAUGAAAAACCACCUAACUUUUUUCAGGAUGUCAAAUAUUAGUAGAAUCUAUUUGCAAAUUUCUCUUGUUAACCCAUUUAGUGGCAGCACUCUCCCCUGAUGAGUAAAUUUGUCUGGCAUUAGACAGAGUAAACUAAUAAAGUAGGGCGCAUUGCCCCUUGAAGGGUUAACCCAUUAACAAACAAUGCACCCUUCUUCACUCUUUUACUUUUUCUAAUCCUGAAAGAUUUUACUUGUCCAUAAGAGAAUCUUGCCAGUUAUUGGGUUAAUAUAUGUUACUGUAUGUUAAAGGUCAAGCUGGCUACACAAGUCCUGAGCAAGUCUGUGGCAAUAGCACUGGAAGAAUCCGAGAAUGAUGAGGUUCUUGGUACUGCUAAAUUCUGCUGGAUGAUCAAUGAUUUCUUUGAUUGUACGAAUGUAAGGUCUUUGACCAAGCAUGAGAAAAAAGAAACCCACUCAUCAAACCAUACCACAUACCAAGAUGAUGAAAGAUUUUCCUGGCUAAAGGAUGUUUUCCUCAAUUAUCUCGAGACAUGGAAGCAGAGUACCAUUACAUGA